GUGUGAGAAGUGAGAACCCCGAUUUAUCCAUCCCCAAUAAAUGAAACGUAAACACAUUCCAAAAUUAAAUAUCUGAUUAUUCUGUGUAGCCAGAAGAGAAGAGAAGAGUGCGGUUUGUCUUUGUGGCGCACACUGUUUAUUCUCUCUGCUAUUGCGCUCUCUCUCUCUCCACUCUCUGGCUAGCUACUACUUCUUCUUCUUCUUCUUCUUCUACCUACCCAAACCCUAGUUUACUGAAAUUGAGCUUCAUGAUUCGGUAGACAAAGAAAAUAAACUAAAGGAAGAGGUAUUGGUUUAUCACUAUUAAUAAUAGCAAUAGUGAUAAUAAUAAUAAUUAUUCUUGUUGUUAUUAUUAUUAUGUACGGUAACAGAGUGGCGGACGGUGCGGGCGUUGAUCGCAGGAAGCGAAUCAACGACGUUCUCGACAAGCACUUGCACCGAUCCUCACCCUCCACUUCAACCUCCGCCUCUACUAGGCCCAUCAAAGCCCAAAUCCAGGCCCAAAUCCAAGCCAACAACUCCGACGCCACACUCGAGGAAUCGGAAACCGACACCGGGGGAUCGGACGUUAGCGCCUCCGACGACGGGGAAGACACCUCGUGGAUCGCGUGGUUCUGCAGCCUCAGAGGGAACGAGUUCUUUUGCGAGGUCGAUGAUGAUUACAUUCAGGACGAUUUUAACCUUUGUGGUUUGAGCAGCCAAGUUCCUUAUUACGAUUAUGCCCUUGACUUGAUUCUUGACGUUGACUCCUCCCACGGAGACAUCUUUACAGAAGAACAAAAUGAGUUGAUUGAAUCCGCCGCAGAGAUGCUUUAUGGUCUCAUUCAUGCCCGCUACAUUUUAACAGGCAGAGGAAUGGCUGCCAUGCUGGACAAGUACAAGAAUUAUGACUUUGGUAGGUGUCCAAGAGUUUACUGCUCAGGGCAACCGUGCCUUCCGGUGGGUCAGUCCGACAUCCCUAGGUCGAGCACUGUAAAGAUAUAUUGCCCCAGGUGUGAAGACAUUUACUACCCGCGAUCCAAGUAUCAAGGUAAUAUCGACGGAGCUUAUUUUGGAACUACAUUUCCUAACCUCUUCCUGAUGACUUAUGGUCAUCUGAAGCCACAAAAGCCAUCACAGAGCUAUGUUCCAAGAGUUUUUGGUUUUAAAGUUCACAAGCCAUGAUGAAGAAUUGAAGAUGGAUGAAAUUUCAAAGCUUGCAAACAAAAGUACGAGACGCCACAUGCCUUGUUUUGCUUGCUGCCUCUGUUGUACUCCUCCUAGAUUUCCAAAUUAAUACAAUCUACAUCACACUGUAUUAUUUAUUUAGGAACAUGUUGUAAAGUAUAAGCAGGCAUGAUUCGCAAGGCAAUUAGUGUUCAAUUUUGCUGUCAGCUUUGAAUUCAGCGAGCUUUUGCAGACAUUUUAAUAGGUUAUUUGGUUAGGUACGAAAAUGCAACUAUAAUGGCAUUACUUUUGUUUAUUAUAAUUCCUUUAUGGACUAUGUACACACUAGAAAGGAAGUGGUGGAAUUCCUUGUAGUUCAUUAUUAAGAAUUGAAUAUGGGUUUUCCUUUAUUGACUGUACAAGAAGGAUGGGUUUCCUUUUCUGGUGACUAGACGAAGGCAUGUGUUGUAGCCAUGGGCGAGGGAGUUUGAGAUAAGAGGGGAAAAAUGUUAUUGCCACACUUUUGGACAGGAACAGUUAAUAUGAUAAGAGAGUAUAAUUAUAUUGAGUAAA